UGCAGGGCUGCAGCUGCUGCCCGGCUCUCAGGAAAAGGCUGGCCUCUCUUCCUCCCUUGGCUGCAAGGACAGCCAGGCUCAACUCCACCUGAGCCAUGCCAGCCAACCUCACAGCCAGCAGCCCCGAUUCCAACAGGACCGUGCAGGCGCUGGACCCUCCGGUCCUUUGCACCGAAACGGCGACUUUCACUGCAGUGGUGGAAGGAGAGGAAUGGGGCUCCUUCUACCACUCCUUUAAGACGGAGCAGUUGAUAACCCUGUGGGUCCUCUUUGUUUUCACCAUUGUUGGAAAUGCCAUCGUGCUGUUCUCUACAUGGAGGAGGAAGAGGAAGUCAAGAAUGACCUUCUUCGUGACUCACCUGGCCAUCGCAGAUAUCAUUUGGCGAUUCACUGGAGACUUCAUGGCUCCCGAUCUGGUGUGCCGAGUGGUCCGCUAUUUGCAGGUUGUGCUGCUCUACGCCUCUACCUAUGUCCUGGUGUCCCUCAGCAUAGACAGGUACCAUGCCAUCGUCUACCCCAUGAAGUUCCUGCAAGGAGAGAAGCAAGCCAAGGUCCUCAUCGUGAUUGCCUGGAGCCUCUCUUUCCUCUUCUCCAUUCCCACCCUGAUCAUAUUUGGGAAAAGGAAACUCUCCAAUGGUGAAGUACAGUGCUGGGCCCUGUGGCCUGACGACUCCUACUGGACCCCAUACAUGACCAUCGUGGCCUUCCUGGUGUACUUCAUCCCUCUGACAAUCAUCAGUGUCAUCUAUGCCAUUGUGAUCAGAACUAUUUGGAUCAAAAGCAAAGCCCAUGAGAUGGUGAUUUCCAACUGCUCAGAUGGAAAGCUGUGCACCAGUUAUAGCCGAGGGCUCAUCUCAAAGGCAAAAAUCAAGGCCAUCAAGUAUAGCAUUGUCAUCAUUCUCGCCUUCAUCUGCUGCUGGAGUCCAUACUUCCUCUUCGACAUUUUGGACAAUUUCAGCCUCCUUCCAAACACCAAGGAGCGUUUCUAUGCCUCUGUGAUCAUUCAGAACCUGCCAGCCUUGAACAGCGCCAUCAACCCCCUCAUCUACUGUGUCUUCAGCGGCUCCAUCUGCUUCCCCUGCGGGUAAGGGGCAUUCCUGCCCGGGAAGGACAUGCUCCUGGCCAGGGCACUCAACGUGGACGUGUGUCUUCCUCACGCCAGAGCUCCCUGGCAGGUUAUAGAUGAGACAUUUGAGGGUCAAAAGGUUUCUGCCAGUGUGACAAAUUCAAAUCCAGCCCCGGCCAGGGCUCAUGCUCUUUCUCCUGCACACAUCACCUCUUAUAGCAGGCAUCCUAAUCAGGUCACACAUCAAAGACCUUUUUUUUUUUUUUUUUAGUUCAAAGCUUCUCCCCAUGAGUUGUCUUAAUGCAAUGCCACUGUGGUAAUGGCAAGACUGAAACUUUAUUAUCAUCUUACAGAUAAACAAAUUAGGGCUCCCGAAGUAAAGGGACAUUAUUGAGAUUAUAAGAAUAAUUAGUCACAGAGCUGAAAUCAAAUCCCUCCCACAACUACUCAGUCAUUUUGCUCUUUUUCAGCUGUUUUACUACACAAGCUACAGGGAGCAGGUGGAAAAAUCCAAAGGCGAUAGAAUUGUAAAAUGAUUUCAUCUUGGGUCAAUGGCCAAGGUUCAAAUCCUGCCAUUGCUGAUUCAUAGCUACCUGGGGCCUAGGGAAAGUUACUUACCUUCCGUGAUCCUCCAUUUCUUCCCAUGUAAAAUUGGGCUAAUAGCAGUUCCGACCUCUUGGCCAGUGAUAUUUCUGUCCUUUGGGCUCUGGUGCUGACCAGUGGGAAGGAGGGAUGUGAGCAGUGAGGAAGGAAGGUGAGGGGGUUACAUAUAAGUGCUUAGCACAGUAUCUGGUCCUUAAUACAUUCUCUAUAACUAUUAUCUUUUAACAUCCCUACUUCCCUUUUCAUCAGGUCAAAUUAUUUUCCUUCUCUGCUCUAUUCUUUCUCUAGGGAGCAAAGAUCACGGGAUUCCAGAAUGACAUGUCGGGAGAGAAGUGAGAGGCAUGAGAUGCAGAUUCUGUCCAAGCCAGAAUUCAUGUAGACCCUGGGGUAGUGUCAGGCUGAGCCCCAUCAGCUCUCCUGGGUCUCCAUCACCGCCUUGGGCAUGUGCACAAAGCCUGAGCCAACUUCUCCACCCUGCACCUUUCAUCACUCGGGGGAUGCACAAGGCAAAUGCCUUAAUGUGUGUCACCUGCAUCAGCAAGUAUUGGUUAAUAUGAAGUCACCAACUAUUCAUACCAGCCAAGAGAGAUGCCCCUUCCUUCCCCACUACUCCCAGGUGGUCGGCACCUGAAUCAAUGGACAGAGACAUCACUGGCCCAGGCUCCAAGCUUGAGCAAGCAGAGGGGA